AUGCAGGGUGCUGCUGAGCUAAUCGUGGUGUACUGCCUCGAUCCUCGUCAUUAUCAAGAAAGCCCUUGGGGAAGCCACAAGCGCUGUGGCGCCCACAGGAGCCAGCUCAUUGCAGAGUCCUUGGAGGCCUUGUCUCUUUCUUUGUGCAAGAUCGGCUCUAAGCUUUACGUGGCUCCAGGCGCCCCAGAAGAGGUGCUGCCAGGACUUCUAUCUCCAGGUUCGCUGCUGAUAUACCAGGCCGAGGACACCCACGAUGAGCAGCAAGUUGAGGAGGCUGUCACUUCAGCUUUGAGUCCAGGAGUCGACGUGAAAUAUCACUUCGGCCAGACCUUGCAUCACCGAGAUGAUUUGGGUUUUGACCUUAAAGCAUGGCUGCCACUGCCCUUCGGAAAGUUCUACCACGAGACAUGUGGCCAAGUGCGGCCCAGAUGCGAACUCAGAACACCAGGCAAAGGCGAUUUGCCGCCACCACCUGCAGAUGACGACAUAGCAGGGGUAGCUGUAGUGUCACCACAAGCUACCACUUUGCUGGAAGCCAUGGGCACCGAGCCUGUGCUAUCCAGUGGAGACUUUCACUGGAAAGGUGGAGAGGAUGCAGCCCUUCAACAGCUUGAAGCUUAUUGCACCAGAGGAGGACUCGGGAGCUAUCAACGUACUCGCAACCAACUCCAUGUGAACUGCAGUAGCCGCCUUUCACCUUGGAUGGCCAUUGGUUGUUUAUCACCACGCACCGUGUUUUGGCGAGCUGAGAGGUGUCACGGCUGA